AUGCCUUCGUACGUUAUCACGGGAGUUUCACGAGGAAUCGGCGCUGCAUUCCUCAAGCAGCUCUCUAGCAACCCUUCCAAUACGGUGAUUGGUCUCGUUCGCAAUGUGGCCGAUACGGAGGCCAAGAUAGCUGCAUGGAAAACACCCAACAUUCAUAUUCUUGAAGGCGAUAUGAGCAGCUACCAGUCAUUAAAGAAAGCCGCCGAAGCCACCUCGACCAUAACUUCCGGCAGUCUCGACUACCUCAUCGCAAACGCCGCCGUCAUGUCCUCGUGGGCUCUUUUCGAUCCCCUAUCCGUUCUUGGCCAAGACCCAGAGCGCCUUACUCAAGAUCUGAAUGAGGCUCUCACCACCAACGUAAUCGGCAAUAUCCAUCUCGUCAACUUCUUCAUGCCACUUAUCCUCAAGGGAAGCGUCAAGAAAGUCAUUACCGUGACCUCUGGAAUGGCUGAUCAUGAUAUUGUGCUCAAGUACGGAGUCUAUGAAGGUGGACCUUACGCAGUCAGUAAAGCGGCGAUGAACAUGGUAACUUCAAAGUUUCAGGCCGAGUUUGAGAAGGACGGCGUGUUGUUCAUAGGAGUUUGUCCUGGGUUGGUUGAUACUGGACUGUAUAACAAUCUAUCCGAGGAAGACGGUCAGAAGCUCAUGGUCCAAAGCUCCAAGUUCGCAGGUUAUGCGCCGCAUUUCAAGGGCCCGGAUACACCAGAAGACGCAGCCAACUCUAUCUUGAAGGUUGCUGAGAAUGCGAGCGUAGCCAACGGAGAUGGUGGCGCUUUUCUGUCUCAUUUCGGCAACAAGCAGUGGUUGUAG